AUGGAGCAGAACAACAGCAAAGGCCUCGAGCCUAUCAAGGUCGACGACAAAUUUGUCGAGCAUGCUCCCGAUGCCUAUCAAGGCUUGUUGCCUGAAGAUGCCGACUUUAUGCGAGGCUAUGAGGGCAAGGCAGGCAAGAAGGUCGUGAGAAAGAUCGAUUAUAGACUCCUCCCUAUCAUGGCUGUUCUGUAUUUGCUAGCCCAUAUCGAUCGAGGAAACAUCGGAAACGCCAAAAUUGAGGGAAUGGACAAGGAUUUGGGUCUCGUUGGCAACCAGUACAAUAUUGCUAGUACCAUCUUCUUUGUUCCGUACAUCAUCUUCGAGGUUCCUUCCAACAUCAUUCUGAAGAAGGUUCGUGCCAGCAUCUGGUUGUCAUUCCUUGUGCUCAGUUGGGGAAUUGUCAUGACCUGUAUGGGCGUCGUCAAGAAUUUCCAUGGUCUCGUGGCUUGUCGGGUCGUUCUCGGAGUAUUCGAGGCUGGUUUCUUUCCCGGCGCAGUCUUUAUCGUAUCCAGUUGGUACCCUAGACACGAGCUCCAGCAGCGACUCGCCAUUUUCUAUACGGCUUCCGCCUUUUCCGGUGCGCUAAGUGGUCUUCUCGCAUUCGGCAUUGCUCGCCUCGAUGGAGCAAGAGGUAUCGCUGGAUGGCGAUGGAUUUUCCUCAUCGAAGGAGCCGUCACAGUGACCGCUGGUCUGGUGAUGCCCCUGCUCAUCAUCGACACUCCAGAGAGAGCAAAAUGGCUUUCCGACGACGAGAAGCGCUACGUUGACUUACGUCUCCGGCUUUCCGGUGUUCGGGCCAACACUGAGGAAGGCGACAAGCUUUCGUGGAAGCUUCUGUUUCAGACCAUGACAGACUGGAAGGUCAUGAUGGGUAUCAUCCUAGCGUGGGCCAACUCUGUUCCCAACGCCGCCUUCAAAUUCACCAUGCCCCAGAUCAUCAAGCAGCUCGGCUUCUCCACUGCCAAUGCUCAGCUUUUGACCAUGCCUCCAUACGUCUGUGGUGGAAUUGCCGCAUGGUUGACCGGAAAGUUCUCAGAUCGACUUGCCUGGCGAAUGCCAUUCAUUGUCGGACCCAUGACAGUGUUACUCAUUGCCAUGGCAGUUCUGUUCAACUUUUCCAAGGACGUCGGUAACAAUGUCCCUGCCAUGUACAUCGGUGUUAUUCUCGCUCAAGUCGGCAUCUACCCACUUCUUCCUGGUAUCAGCGCUUGGACAGGUAACAAUCUUGCUCCAUCUUGGAAACGAUCCAUCGGCCUUGCUUGGCUAUUGGCAGCCGGAAACCUUGGCAGCAUUAUUGGCACCAACAUCUUCCUUGACAGCGAAGGUCCCCAAUACCCUACCGGUUACGGUACUGCUCUUGCCAUCAUCUGCCUAGGGGCUUCCUGUGCUUUGCUUAUGGAGUUCCUUCUCUGGAGAUCCAACAAAGCCCGAGCUCGUCUCUCUGAGGUAGAGAUCCGCCAGAAAUACUCACAAGAAGAGUUGGAUGCUAUGGGAGAGCGAAGCCCGCUGUACAAGUAUACUCUGUAA